UCCAUCCAGAAUGCCAUAAUUAAUGGGACAGCUACAGUGAUUCACCUAAAUCAACAGUAGAGAGGGUCAGCAGCAAGUCCCAGAUGUUAAUCAUGGUGCAGAGGAUUAACACCAAGAAGGAACUGAAGGAAUUGUUCAGUGCUGCCGGAAACAGGCUUGUGGUGGUAGAGUUUUCGGCAGAGUGGUGUGAUCCCUGCAAAAUAGUUGCUCCUGUUUUUCAGGCAAUGUCUUUAGAAUACCAAAAUGUCAUGUUUGCUCAGGUGGAUGUGGAUUCAUCUAAGGAAUUGACUGAACAUUAUCACAUCAAAGUAGUACCCACAUUCCAGAUGUUCAAGCACACCCAAAAGGUCACUCCAUUCUCAAGACUCAAAAGACAACUGUGCUGUUUCAGACGCGGACCGAAAAGCAAGAAGAUUUUUGAGUUUCAAGGAACUGAUGUUGAAACACUGGAGGAGAAGAUUCAAGAGCUAAUGUAAACUGCCACCCUAAUAUACCUGCGACAUUUUCUAAAGCAGCAACAAAUGCUUUGUGUGUGCUCUUCAGCGUGCCCUGUGGGCUGUUUUCUAUCUGUCUCGCUCCUGAUGUUCUGUAGGAA